GGACCAGCUUCCUUAGCAACCACCUGGCCUCUUCCUGGGGCCUGGAGCCCUGGUUGCCUUCAGCCAUGGCUCCCAAAAAGAGUGUGAGCAAGGCAGGCAAGGAGCUUGAAGUCAAGAAGAAAGGGGGCAAGAAGGAGCCGGUGGUGGCCGUGGAGCCGCCUCUGGCCAAGGAGAUAAAGGAGUUCUACCACAUCCAGAUCCGAGACCUGGAGGACCGGCUGGCCCGGUACCAGCGGAAGUGGGAUGAGCUGGCUGUGCAGGAGAAGCUGUUCCGCCAGGAGUAUGAGCAGCUGGCCAAUAACAAGAAGGAGAUUGUGGCCUUCCUCAAGCGCACGCUCAACCAGCAGGUGGAUGAGAUCACAGAUCUCAACGAGCAGCUCCAGAACUUGCAGCUAGCCAAAGAGAUGGACAAGGAUGUCUUCGAGGCGCAGCUGGCCCAGGUGCGCCACGAGUUCCAGGAGACCAAGGACCAGCUCACCACGGAGAACAUCAUCCUUGGGGGGAAGCUGGCAGCCCUGGAGGAGUUCCGGCUGCAGAAAGAGGAGGUCACGGACAAGUUCACAUUGCUGGAGGAGCAGGUGCGGAAGCAGGAGAAUGAGUUCAGGGACUAUGCAUACAACCUGGAGAAGAAGUCGGUGCUGGACAAGGACAGACUGAGGAAAGAGAUCAUCCAGCGCGUGAACCUCGUGGCCAAUGAGUUCCACAAGGUGACCACGAACCGGAUGUGGGAGACAACCAAGCGGGCCAUCAAAGAGAACAACGGCAUUACCCUGCAGAUGGCCAGGGUCUCCCAGCAAGGCAUGAAGCUGCUGCAGGAGAAUGAGCAGCUCAAGGGAAGACAGAACAAUCUGUGCAAACAGCUGGAGCUGCUGGAGAACACCCAGAAGGCCAUGGCCAGGCACAAAAGAGGCCACCAGAAGAUCAUCCUCAUGCUGACUAAGAAGUGCCAGGAGCAGCAGCAGGACACCAAGGAGGCCGAGGAGCUGCGCCUCCUGCUGAGCCAGUUGGAGCAGAGAUCCCUGCAGCUGCAGGUGGACAACCAGGCACUGAAGAGCCAGAGAGACCAGCUGAGCCUGCAGCUGGAGCAGCAGCAGGUGGAUUUGCAGCGGCUACAGCAGGAACUGGCUAAUGAGCAGAAGGUUCGGGCCAGCCUGGAGGCGGCUCUGGUCCAGGCCACCUCCUUCCUACAGAACAUUCUGCAGAUGCACCGCGAUGAAGAGGACAGCGACUUUGACGUGACGUUCCAGCCAUGGCACAAGGAGAUGCUGCAGCAACUGCUGGUCAUGCUCGGCUCCACUGUGGCCACGAGACCUCAGAAGGCUGUGUGUCCCCACCGGGAGUCACAGUCCCAUGGCCCACCCAAAGAGAGCCGGCCCGGCAUCCAGCUGCCCAGGACUGGGUCUCUGCUGCCGCAGCUCUCUGACAUCACCCACUACCAGCCAGGGGAUCUAGGCCUGGUACCUCGCCAGGUCCACAUCCCACCCAACCCCCAGGACCUCAGGCUGCUGUCAUAUAUCACCCGUGUGGGGACCUUCCGGGCACACAGCAGCCCUGAGAUGCGUGCCCCUGGUUCUCUAAAAAGGCUUGAAAAGUUUAGUCUUCCUGAAGUUCCCCUACGUCCCAAGUAGGACACAGAGAGAAGAACCUACUCCAGAAAUGGACUGGUCCAGUCACAGUCACCCCCACUUUAAUCCGCAGGCAGCCUGGAACAGUCUAGAGGAGAUUUGUAUAAAAAGUAGAUACCAAG